AUGCCUCGCGCGUUCGCCCUGCGCGAGGACGCCCCCGCGCCCGCGCCCUCGGCGUCGAUCUCGCACUACGACCUCGACGCCCUCGUGCACGCCUUUGGCUCGCUCGGCUCCGACGUCGUUCGCGACGUCGCGCGCGCGUCGGACGGGGCGAAAUCAGCGUUGGAACUCCUGCGAGCUCUGUCUUCAACCGGCGCGGUUGCGCGAGAGUUAAUCCAGGGCGAUUCCGAGGGCGGAUUCCACGCCGGGGCGAUCCCGGACGAUGUCAGGGACUUGAUAUUUGGAUAUCUGUCUCCGAAAGACGCGGCUCGCGCGGCGUGCGCGUGUAGAGAGUUUAGAGUUUUGGUUCGCGGUUGGCGACGAAACGCACGGCGGUUAGAUUUACCGCGCAUGGAUGGCGUCCUAGACGAUGUUCGGGGAGUGAAGCGAGCGAUCGAAAGCGUCGGAUCGAUUAUUCGGGCGUAUCCAAACCUAAGCGCGGUGAACUUUAAGCGGUUAGGGGAGACGCUUCGAAAGGCGUGCGAGGACGACGAGCGCGCGGCGGACGCGCUGGGUGGCGUCUUGACGGCCAUCGCGGCGAAUAACGCGUCGGGAUCGAUCGAUGAGAUCGAUUUCACAGGGUGUGGGGAGUGGUUAGAGGCGCAUGCAGUGGUGGAGUUGGCGGAGCGGUGCAGGGAUUUGUUCCCGGAUUUGGCGUCGCUGUCGCUCGCGCGGGCGAAACGCUUGGAGGGCGACGGAUUGGCCGCGGCAAUGAGGAUGUGUGGAUCCUCAAUCCGCGAGCUUAGGUUGACCGGGUGCGUGAAACUGGACGAGGGUGCAAUCAUGCGAGCGAUUGACAUCGUUCCUGGUCUGCGCACGCUCGAUUUAACCGGUUGCCUCGGUCUGAGACGCCUGACGCUCGAGGCGCGAGACGCGCCAAAGCUGGAACAGCUCAAGGCGGUGAAUUGUUCGUUGGAGAAGUUUGUGCUUCGCCGCGCGUCGAGAGAUAGUCAUUUAAAGGUGGUGAACGUCGCCGAUUGCUCCGCACUUCGCUCCGUGCAGGUGCAGUCGGAGUCGAUGGAGACGCUCAGCGUAGCGGGAUGUCGCUCGCUCGAGACGUUCAACGUAGCCGCGCCUAGGUGCGAGACUCUCCUCGUGAACAAGUGCGCAUCCUUGCGAGAAGUCACGGAGGUGAUGAACGUAGUGAUAAUGAGAAUACCUUCCGUGAAAGUGCUUAAACUGGACAGCUGCAAGAGUCUCACCACGAACGGAUUCGCGCAACUUUUGGAUAUGUGCUCCGGUUCGCUCGUCGAGCUCAGCGCUGAGGGAUGUCUGAGCGUCGCCCGAGCGAGCGUUUCGUCACCGAAUCUCUUGCGAUGCGCCCUGAGUGGAUGCUCGAGAUUGGAAGUCGCACGAGUUUCAAGCGAGAAGUGUCGCUCGUUCAUCGCUCGCUCGUGCAAGGCGUUGACAGAGGUGCGUUUCGAUCGAGGCGCGUACGAGCUCGAAGAACUAGACGUGAGGAACUCGUCGGCGCUUCGUCGCAUCGCCGGCGCUCGGCAAUCGCACAUUCGGCGCGUCGACGUCCAGGGAUGCUCGGGAUCGCUCGAUAUCUCGGCACAAUCAUAG